AUGUUUAGCAAGUCAAAUGAUUUCUAUACCACUGGAACAACUGCUGAAGACCAGAUGAAGAUCAAUGUUUGCAGACGUGAAAACGAAACCAGACAUAACAUGGUUCUUUACAAGGAUGCAGCAAAGAGAGUGGUCUUCUAAAACUGUAUGACUCAAUGCGAAAUCGAGCCAGCAACUAUUCCUAACUUUAACAAAAAUUUCUACUAUAACCAAGCUAGUGAGCAAUAAUGCCUUCAAAAUUGCUACAAUAACAGAAUGAAUUUGCAUUUCGGAAAAUUAGCUGAGUCAGAAAACAUGCUGAUCGAUUUUGAGGCCAUGAAGGCAUAGUAUCAUAGAUAUGAAAACUGGAACCCACACAACAGAGAUAUUAAGAGAUUCAGCAAAACUAAUACCACUGAAGAGGCCCAUAGUAUCACUCAAAGACUUAUUGAGAAAUCAAAUGCCGCUAGAUACGGGAAAUUCGAUUUCUGA